AUGGGUGACUACAACGUGAGGAACAGCUUCCCGUUGGACGACUUUUACGAUGACAACGAAUUCGAAGCACCGCCUAAGUAUAGCCUGGUGGAAAAGAAGGAGCCGGUGGUGGCUCAGACGGUGAUCGUGGAGGAGCAGGUGGAGCCGAUGGAGGAGGAGCCGUUAGAAGAGGCACCGAGUGAAUUUGAAGAAGAGGAACCACCCAAGGAGCCAUCCAUGCUCCGCAUUGUCCUCCAUCAUUGUUUGACCAACGGCGGACUCAUUAUCUUUCUCGUCGCCUAUACAUGUAUGGGCGCAGCUGUAUUCCAACGACUAGAGGCUCCUUUGGAAAAGUCCAAGUUCCUGAAGCUCGUCAUGGACAGGCAGACCAAUCGAAGUGAAUUCCUCAAUAAUAUCAAGAGCCAACUUCCCUUGGCAUUUAGUGACGAAGCCACGUGGCGAGAAAUGACAAGUGAUUAUUUGGAGAGGUAUGAACACGCCCUCGGCGUCAUUGUUGUCGAAAAAGAGGAGAACCCACUUUCUAGUUGGAAUUUCUAUGGUUCUAUGUUUUUCGCCACUACAGUACUAACAACAAUUGGUAAGUUAUUGCAGCGUCUGGUCCACCUGUCUUGUCGUAAUGGUGCCAUGCUUGGUAAGACAGGAACGCCUUGA